AUUAAUUUUGUGGUAUAUUUUGUAGUGUUAGUAGUGGUAUGGUGCGCGUGGGGAAGAAAGUGGAGGUAUUGGGGCAGUAAUGAACGCUGACGGAACUCGUCCGCCAUAUUACCCUCGGCCAAAACAAUCUCGCCCUCUGUUUAACACGUUAGGAAGUGCCUGAUCUGCCACGUUGUGAUGGCAAGGUGGGUUUGCAGACCACUAACAACAAAUUAGCCCACCUGAUCAGGCAAUUGCCAGGGAAGCCUUGCCUUAGGCCAGGCUGAGAGAGUAAAGAAACUCAUAUCUGGUCACAGACUGUAGAGACCAUCAACCAUGUCACAGUUCAUUGAUUCAGAAGCAGAGGAGAGUGAAGAGGAGGAGGAAGAAUAUGAAGAAAAUGAAAGAAAAAAAUUGAAGAAACUUAAAACUGCUGUAGCUGACUCUUCUGAAGAAGAGGACGAAGAUGAUGAAGAGAAAAUUCGUGAAGAAAAUAAAGACUUUAUCAAUGACGAUGAUGAAGAGGAUGAUGAAGGGGGGUCAGGGUCAGACAGUGAAACUGAAGGCAAACGAAAACGGCGGGAUGAUGAUGACGACGACGAUCUGGAAGCAGACAACCUCGAUGAAGAUGAUAUUGAUCUCAUCGAGGAAAACAUUGGUGUGAAACUCGACAGAAAGAAAAAAUAUAAGCGUUUGAAGAGAAUUGUGGAUGAAGACUCAGAUGUGGAAGGGGAAGAUGUGCAAGGUCAGAUUCGAAAAGAGAUCUUCGAAGGUUCAGAUGAUGAGGAGGAAGAAGGGGCCUCGGCUCCCCACCCUCCACAGCAGCCUGAAACGUAUGCAUCAGAGGAAGAGGAGGAAGAGUCUGAUGGUGAAGAGAAUUUCAUUGUUGAUGACGAAGGAAAGCCAAUUGCCAAACAGAAGAGGAAAGCAGUAUUUGAAGACGAAGGACUGGAGGCUGCCCGUGAUAUCUUCGGUUGUGAUUUUGAUUAUGGGGAAUUUGAACAAUAUGAAGAUUGGGAGGAGCGUGAAGAUGAAGAGGAGGAUGAUGAUGACGACUAUGAGGAGGAUGAAGAAGGUGGUGAAGGUCGAGAGCAUCGCCGAGGCCGCAAGGAACGCAGGAAGCAAGUCAAGAAGACCAUCUAUGAGGUGUUUGAACCGAGUGAAUUAGAGCGCGGACAUUUGACUGAUCAAGAUCACGAAAUCCGGAAGCUGGAUAUUCCCGAGAGGUUCCAGCUCAGGCAGAUUCCUGUGAGUCGUACCCGUGGAGAAGGUGACGAUCGCUCUACAGACAAGGAACUGGAUCAAGAAGCAAAGUGGAUUUAUCAUCAUGCAUUUUUCAGGCCAUUUAUUUCCAAUCAGGAGGGUCGUGAAGAAGCAAGGCAGCGCUCUCGCCGUGAUAUUAAUAUGAUCCAGAAAAUUUACAAUGCCCUGGAUUUGAUGAGGAACUCCACCUGUGAAGUUCCAUUCAUUGCCUUUUAUAGGAAGGAGGAGGUCCAACCUGAAUUAAACAUUCAUGAUUUAUGGAAAGUCUAUCAUUGGGAUGAGAAGUGGUGUCAACUGAAGUAUCGUAAGGAGAACCUGAGGGCACGAUUCCAAGCAAUGGGAGAAUACCAAGGUGACCUCAUCAUGAAGGAUCUAGAUGCACCACUACCAGAAAAUAUGCGCAUGCUCAAGGAAGAGGACAUUGAAAGAAUUGAGGAGAUUGAGACAUCAGAACAGUUCAAUGAUUAUUACAAAUUCUUCCUGUUGUACUAUGGCAAAGAUCAGCCAGCAAUGCGUGACCAUAUGAAAACCAAGCGCAGAGAACAGAGGACCACAACAAGAGUCACCAGGGUUGUUAAGGUCUUGAGAAAAGUAAUGAGGAAGAAGAAGAAAAAGAAGAAGACAAAUCUGAUCAUUGAAGAUGAAGAUGAGGACGACGACAACAUAAACAAAAAUAGUAGUGAAAUUGAACGAGAUAUAGAUGAUGAAUCAGUAAGGGAUGCUGAAGUUGAUACAGUGAAAAGCCAGAAUAAGGAGAAAGAGAUCAGUGAUGCAGGAAAAGACAAUAGUGACACUGAGAAAGGUGGAAAUGAAGAUGCUGAGAAAAGUGGAAAUGAAGAUGCUGAGAAAGAUAGAAAUAAAGAUGCUGAGAAAGCUGGAAGUGAGGAUGAUGAGAUGGAUGGGAACGAAGGUGCAGAGAUAGACGAAAAUGAAGAUUCAGAGGCAGAUGACAAUGAUGAUGCUGAGAAAGGUAAAAACAAAGUUGCUGAGAAAAGGACAAGUGAAGACGCUGAGAAAAGCACAAGUGAAGAUGUAAAUGAAGUUGCUAAAAAAACUGCAAUUGAAGUUGCAGAGGAAGCUGGUGACAAAGAUGCAGAAAAAACUGUGAACAAAGAUACAGGGGAAGGUGAGGUUGAAGAUGCAGAGAAGGACAGGGAAAGUGAUUCAGGAAACAAAAGUGACAAUGCUGAAAGGGACCAAAAUGAUGCUGUCAUUGAGGAUGGGGAGAUAGAAAUGGAAGUUGAUUCAGGAAAAGAUGUGCAAAGUGCGAAUAAACAAAAAAAUAAAGGUUCAGAGAGAGAGGAAGAGGAAGAUGAGGAAGAAGAGGAAGAGGAAGUUGAAACAGAAGUGGAGACUGAAAUAGAGGAAGAGGUGGAGGAAGAAAAUAAUGAACCCGAGGAAGACUCCGAAGCUUUGAAAAAAGCUGUUCGAAGACACGAGUAUGAACUUCUUCGGAAAGCAGGUAUUGAGACACUUACAAAGAAAUUUGGUCUAACUCCUGAGCAGUUUGGUGAGAACCUCCGUGAUAACUAUCAGCGCUUUGAUGUUGAGCAGUGCCCAGAGGAUUCCACGAAGGAAGCUGAGGAGCACCUUUCCAAAAUGUGCAGCACCCCAGAGCGUGUCCUUGAAGCAGCUGUUAGGAUGGUUGGUUGGCAGUUGGCUUGUGAACCCCUUGUACGACGUACAGUUAGAGAGGCAUACUUUGAACGUGCCAGGAUCAGCAGCAGGCCCACCCCACAGGGUGUGAAGAUCAUUGAUGAACAUCAUUCACUUUAUGCACUUAAAUAUUUGAAAGAUAAACCAGUCACUGAUCUGCAGGGCGAUCAGUUCCUUCGUCUCAAAUGUGGUGUUGAAGACAAACUGCUGACAAUUAGCUUGUCUGAUACCAUUGAAGGGAAUACAACCAUGAGUUAUCUUGAUGAAAUGAAACAGUUGUAUUACAAGGAUGAGUUUUCCCAAGUUGUCCAAGACUGGAAUGACCUGAGAGGCCGGGCAAUUGAAUUUACCUUCAAACGGAUUAUUGAAGAUCUUAAAAGGGAACUCACUCAACGUUUGGUUCAGGAAUCAAAAGAUCAUGUGAUGGAACAGUGUUGCAGUAAACUCUAUAACUGGAUUAAAAUUGCACCCUAUAAUCCCGGAGACUUUUCUGAUGAAGAUGAAGAUGACUGGGAUACUAGUAAAGGUUUCAGAGUAUUUUCUAUUGCAUUUGUUCCAGACCUUUCCCAAGCAGCAUUUGGUUGUUGCAUUGACAUUGAUGGCGAUUGUUGUGAAUAUAUUCGUCUCCCACAUUUGCUCAAACGGCGUAAUGCUUACAAUGAAAGAGAUGCUAUGGCUAAAGAAAGCGAUAUUAGGCGCAUGCAGGAUUUUAUAAUUCGCCGUAAACCACAUUGUAUUGCCAUAUGUGGACAAUCUCGAGAAGCUCUCAUGGUUAAGGAAGACUUGAUUCAAAUCCUCAAAGAUCUUGAAGAACAAGAACAGUUUCCUAAAAUAAAUGCAGAAAUCAUUGACAAUGACCUGGCUCAUAUUUAUGCAAUGUCAAAAAAAGGAGAAGCAGACUUCCUUGACUACCCUCCACUAUUACGACAGGCUAUAUCAGUUGGUCGACGUGUUCAGGAUCCAUUGAUUGAAUUCUCACAGCUAUGUAAUACUGAUGAAGAAUUACUUAACAUUAAAUUCCACAGUUUACAGGAUCAGUUAAACCCUACAGAGCUACUUGAUGCUCUGUACACUGAAUUUGUCAACCGCACAAAUGAAGUUGGGGUAGAUUUGAAUCGUGCUGUAGCAUAUCCUUAUACACAGAACUUGGUCCAAUUUGUUUGUGGAUUAGGACCACGAAAGGCCAACCUGCUUAUAAAGAAUAUGAAGCAGAAUAAUCAACGUCUAGAAAAUAGAAACCAGUUAGUUGUCAACUUCCAUAUGGGUCCUAAGGUAUUCAUUAACUGUGCAGGAUUUAUCAAGAUUGAUACCAAUGCUUUGGGUGAUAGUGAUAAUUAUAUAGAGGUUCUAGAUUCUACCAGAAUUCACCCAGAAGCUUAUGACUGGGCUAGAAAAAUGGCUGUUGAUGCACUAGAAUAUGAGGAUGAAGAGGGUAAACCUGCAGAGGCCUUGGAGGAAAUCUUAGAAACACCAGAGAGACUCAGUGAGCUUGACCUUGAAGCUUUUGCUACUGAACUACAGAAUCAGGGCUUUGGUAAGAAGAACACAACUUUGUACGAUAUUAGACAUGAGCUUAAUCAUAGGUACAGAGAUUUUAGGUUACCGUUCAGGUCUCCAACUCCAGAAGAAGUUUUCAACAUCUUGACUAAGGAGUCGCCAGAAACUUUUUAUGUCGGUAAGCUUGUUCAGGUUUCGGUCACAAACUUUAUUCAUCGCAAACCCCGUGGUGAUCAACUGGAUAAUGCCAAUCCUGUCAGAAAUGAAGACACAGGUCUUUGGCAGUGUCCUUUCUGUCUAAAAAAUGAUUUUCCUGAACUAAGUGAAGUGUGGAAUCAUUUUGAUGCUGGUGAUUGUCCAGGUCAAGCCAUAGGGAUUAGAGUUCGAUUAGAUAAUGGGAUAUCAGGUUUUAUUAGCAUAAAAAAUUUGUCGGAUAAAACGGUGACAAAUCCAGCAGAAAGAGUGAGACGAGAUGGUCUUGUUCUCUGCCGUAUCAUGAAAAUUGAUCCCGAGAAGUUUUCGGUUGAGCUCACAUCCCGAACAUCAGACCUACAAGACCGAGAUAACAAGUGGAAGGUUCCAAAGGAUGCCUAUUAUGACCAUGAAGCUGAAGAGAAAGAUUUGAAUGUAGACAGGAAAAAGAUGGACAAAAAGAAGACUCAGUAUCAAAAGCGAGUGAUUGCUCAUCCAUCUUUUAGAAACAUUGACUAUAAUGAAGCAGAAAAGGUUAUGCAGCAACUGGAGCAAGGAGAGGUCAUCAUACGACCAUCAAGUAAAGGAAUUAAUCAUCUUACUGCUACCUGGAAAGUCACAGAAGGAAUAUGUCAGCACAUCGACGUGCUGGAACAGGAUAAGCAAAAUGACUUCUCUCUUGGUCAGAAGCUAUGGAUUGGAAAUGAAGAAUUUGAGGAUUUGGAUGAAAUUAUUGCCAGAUACAUAUCACCCAUGGCCAGUAAUGUAAGACAAAUCCUUGAAUAUAAAUAUUAUAAAGAGUCCAUCAUGGGCAAUAAGGAGAAAGCAGCUGAGCUACUGAAAGAAGAGAAAAAGAAGAACCCGAAGACAAUUCCGUAUAUCUUUUCACCAAGAAAGGAUUUGCCAGGGAAGUUUCUCUUGUCAUAUUUACCAAGAGUGAAAGUGAUCCAUGAAUUUGUAACUGUCACUCCUGAAGGUUUCAAGUUUAGGCAAAGAAUGCAAUAUCCAAACCUUGCUGGACUACUAAAAUGGUUUAAGCAAAAUUUCCGUAGAGCAUUGCCAGGUGCAACACCAGGAAUGAUGUCCACACGCACACCAUACAUGGGUGGCACAACACCAAAUCUUAUGGGUGUUGAUGCCUCCACAAUCCAGAAAGUUGCUCAGAACUUAAAUCCACACAUGCUUCAUAACCUCUCCCAGGCAGCCACCAAUACGCCGUAUAGUGUCAACACUCCUGGAGGUUUUUCUCAGGGUUACUCAAACUAUGCUAAUACCCCUUAUACACCUUCAGGUCAGACACCAUUUAUGACACCAUAUGCCACCCCUGGGCCAUCCACUACACCUCGUUAUAGUGGAUCACAAACCCCUGUAUAUAGUGGUAGUGGUAACCGAACUCCCUCACAUCGUCCAUCUACAGGACAUUUGCCUCAGCCAUCUCGCUCUGGCCCUCCAGUUAGUAGCCGAACAGAACAAAUGGACUGGAAAAUGGCAGCAGCUGCUUGGGUACAAGCCAAGGGUGGGAGUAGUGGACAUGAUAGUGGAAGGAUGACUCCACGACACCAUGAUGGUGGUCGCUCAACUCCUCGGUACUCUGAUAAUCGUGACUCUAGAUACCCCUCUAGUCCCAGAUAUCCUGACGAUGGAUCUCGCCGUACUCCACGUUAUGAUGACCGCACACCUCGCCCCUACCAUGAUUAUGACAACCCACGUGCUACUCCUCGCUCUGCUCGUUCAACACCUAAAACCAUCCAUUCACCUGCUAACAUGAGCAUUGGAGGAGACCAAACACCACUCUAUGAUGAAUAGUGCUCUAGAUAUCUUUGCUAAUGAUGACAAAGUAAUCUAUCACUUUUUUCUUUAUAUAUAGUUUGUACAGGGCAAGAUUAAGGAACUGUAUUUAAGAAUUACAGUAAUUUAACAGUUUAUUCACAUUUGUAUGGGAUUUUUACCAGGGCAGUCUUGUGUAAAAAGAUGUAAUUGUAUUUCAAUUCAUUAAUUUUUUUAUUGCAUGUUGUGAACAUCAUACACUUCAUAUUUUUUAUAAAAGUUGUAAUUAGGAUAUGUUCAGUAUAUCCGUUGGUGGCAUGUGGCAUAGCUAUUCCCAAUUGGUUUUUUCCUCUUUAGCUUUAUGCUUCCAACUAUAAAUGACUACUACCCAUGCUGUAAAAUGGCCGCUGUGAUCUGAGAAAUAAACUUUAGAGAACACAGAUUAAA